AUGAUUGCUGGGGGAGGCUAUUUUGAUGGUUCUCAUGAUCAUAUUCUCAUGGAAGGAUCAAUGAUCCAUGAUUCUUCCCAAUCUUCCAUCUAUGACAAUACAGAUGUUGAACAGCAGAACUUCAGACUUGCGCCCUUUAUCAUAGAAGAUCACUCCAAUCCAGCCAACCUUACCUCUGAGCCUGCAAGGGUGAUCGAGCAAAUUCAACACCAGCUUGGGAUUGACAUGGAGCAGGACCAUAGUGAUCACAUGAUCCAAGAAGUUCCUCCAGCAGAAACUGCAAAUUUGGUUCCUGCUGUCUAUGGUGUCCAAGAUCAUAUCCUCAGCCACCAGAUCGAAGGUCCACAUAACAUAACUGUGGAACAACAGGUCCUGGACUAUGACCCUGCAUCAUAUCGGAAUGGCACUUAUGCAGCUGCACAUGAUCUUCUAAAUUCUCUACAGAUCCAAAGGUGCAGUCUGAUUCCUGAAUUUCCUUCGACAGAACAUAUCUUCGGUGAUCCAGCACAGAACAUGGUCAACCAUUUGGACAUUACCAAUGACCUUCAAGGAGUAGCAAUUCAUGAAAGUGGAAUGAUGUUCAGCGAUUCAACUCUACCAUUAGGUUAUCAUGCUACUCAAUCUCAUAUGUUGAAGGAUCUCUAUCAUUCACUACCACAAAACUAUGGGUUAUUUACCAGUGAUGAUGAGAGAGAUGGGAUGGUCGGGGUAGCAGGGGUCUCAGGAAAUAUUUUCCAGGAGAUAGAUGGGAGGCAGUUCGACAGCCCAGUACUGGGGAGUAGAAGACAGAAAGGUGGAUUUGGCAAGGGCAAGGGAAAAGCUAACUUUGCAACUGAAAGAGAGAGGAGGGAGCAGCUAAAUGUGAAGUAUGGGGCUUUAAGAUCACUGUUCCCAAACCCUACUAAGAAUGACAGGGCCUCUAUAGUUGGAGAUGCCAUUGACUACAUCAAUGAGCUUAAUAGAACAGUGAAAGAACUGAAGAUCCUACUGGAAAAGAAGAGGAACAGCACUGACAGGAGGAAGAUACUGACGUUGGAUGAUGAGGCAGCUGAUGAUGGGGAAAGCUCUUCAAUGCAGCCAGUGAGUGAUGAUCAAAACAAUCAGAUGAAUGGGGCUAUAAGGAGCUCCUGGGUUCAAAGGAGGUCCAAGGAGUGCGACGUUGAUGUCCGCAUAGUUGAUGAUGAAAUAAAUAUCAAGUUCACAGAGAAGAAGAGAGCCAACUCUUUGCUUUGUGCUGCAAAGGUUCUAGAGGAGUUUCGUCUUGAGCUCAUCCAUGUUGUUGGGGGAAUCAUAGGAGAUCACCAUAUAUUCAUGUUCAAUACAAAGAUACCUAAGGGCUCUUCGGUGUACGCAUGCGCAGUGGCUAAGAAGCUCCUCGAAGCUGUGGAGAUAAAGAAGCAGACUCUUAAUAUCUUCAACUAG